AUGGGUGACGCCGGAGACUACACCGCUUUCCAGGCCAUCACGGCCCAAAUCCCUAUGGGAUCCAAGGGGAGUUCCUUCUUUUUCCCCACCCUCACUGACGGAGUUAUUGUAGAUAAAGAGCAGACCGACCAGGCGCAAAUCCCCCUGGACCUGGGAACCGUGUCCCAGGGAAAGGCCCUGGCUGCAUUCUGCGAACGCCAUGGACUGUCGGUCCUGAGCGUGCUGAAUGUCGCCUGGGCCAUGGUUCUCUCUGCGUACGCCGAUACCGAGACGAUCGGGUUUCUCUUUGUUCGAUUCGUCGCCGGUGUGCCUCAUGUGGGUGUCUACCAGGCGGAGAUCGACGGGGGCAAGUCCGUGCUGAAGACGCUCGUCGACGCGGAAGAGAAGCUGCAGGCCAGUGUUUCGUCAUCCGCCCUGAUGACACCGGCCGAAUUCCAGGCAUUGUCCGCCCGAGCGGGUGGUCCAGCUUUCAACAGCGUUGUGAUGCUGUAUGAUGGAGAAUCCCCCGAGCGGGAACAGCCGGGCAAUUAUCUUGCCAUUCACGCCCGGUACCUACAGGACCAGUUUGUCGUCGACCUGCAAUGUCCGACUUCCUUGAUCCCCGCCUCGCAGGCAACACACUGCGCGGCGACUCUCAGCCACGUACUUGGUGAGAUCAUCAAAACCCCCCGAACCCCCCUCUCCGAGGUAAGUUUAAUGAGCCAGGAUGGAAUGCACCAGAUCUGGGAAUGGAACAAGCGGAUGCCCGAGGUGGUCUCUCGUUGCCUGCAUCAUCUCAUCGAUGAGCGGGCCCGCAAAGAGCCCGAGCACUUGCCAUCCAAGGCCCAGAUGGGUGCGCUCACAGAUCGCCUGGCCCACUCUCUGGUGGAUCGGGGUGUGGGCCCUGAAGUGGCCGUUCCCCUGUUCUUCGAGAAGUCCAAAUGGGCAAUCGUCACCAUGAUCGCUGUCGUUAAAGCGGGCGGCGCCAUUGUGAAUCUGGACGCCAAACAGCCUCGUUCCCGUUUAAUGGAAAUUAUGGAGCAGCUGCAAGCUCCUUUGAUCCUAACCUCCCAGCAAUAUGAACCCCUCUGGCAGGACAACUGCAAUGUCUUCUCUGUUCACCAGGAAAGUGUCAUGGCACUUCCAGCGCAGAAAGCACCCCCAGCGGUUGCAGUCACACCCAAGAACAUCCUGUAUAUUAUCUUCACCUCCGGUAGUACCGGAACUCCCAAGGGCUGUGUGGUGGAACACGAGUCCUUCCUCACGGCUGCAACCCAGCACGUCACCGCGGGUGAGAUCGACCCGACUAGCAGAAUCCUACAGAUGACACCGUACACAUUCGAUGUGAGCAUGCUCGAAAUCUUCACUACUCUCACUACCGGUGCCUGCGUUUGCUUCCCCAGCGAUGAGCUGGCACAGCAUGGAAUCGCUCAUAUCAUCAACGCGCUGCGCAUCACAUGGACCUUCAUGACUCCUUCGGUGGUGCGCUUGGUCGAUCCCGCUGAUGUGCCCACUCUGAAGACUCUGGCUUUGGGAGGUGAAGCAUUGAGCCAGGUCGAUGUCACGACCUGGGCGGGCAAGUUGCAUCUGAUUAAUGGAUAUGGUCCCAGUGAAUGUUCCGUCGCGGCAACGAUCAACCCCCACCUCACUCCGGCUGCCGACCCGGCGAACAUCGGGCGCGGUUACGGUGCGGUCUGCUGGGUCGUCCACCCUGAUGACCACAACCGUCUUGUCCCAAUCGGAGCAGUGGGUGAGCUGCUCAUCCAAGGCCCGAUUGUUGCAAGGGGCUACCUCAACGAGCCCGCGAAGACCGAGGCGGUAUUCCUGGACGAGGCCCCUGUGUUCCUCCAAAAUAUGACCUCCAAGCCCGCCCCAUUCCGAUUCUACAAGACCGGUGACCUCGUCAGAAACAACAGCGAUGGCACAAUCAGCUUUAUUGGGCGAAAGGACCGCCAGGUGAAACUUCGAGGCCAGCGUUUGGAGCUAGGCGAGAUCGAGCAGCGUCUCUCCGUGGACUCCAUGGUGCGUCAUGCUCGUGUCCUGCUUCCUAAGGCAGGACCUUGUAAGGGAAACCUGGUGGCUGUCCUCUCGCUCCAUGCCUUCCCCUAUGAGGGGCCACGAGACGCCGACGUGCACGAGCUGUUGAUCGACCAGAGAAAGCAAGCACGUGGGGUUAUCCCUGAGAUAUCCACCCGUCUCGCCGCCCAGGUUCCAGGCUAUAUGGUACCCACCUUUUGGGUGGUGGUGGCUGCCCUUCCAUUCACAACGUCCGGGAAGGUCAAUGGUGUUGUUUUGAAUCAAUGGGUUCGUGAUAUGGACGAAGACACCUAUAACGAAAUUGCCGGUAUCAUGGAAGAAGAAGAGGAAGUCAGCGAGACCGUGCAAUUAUCCGAAAUGGAGCUUCUUCUGCAAGAAAUAUGGGCGGAGGAGUUGGGUCUUCCACUGUCGAAGCUGAAGUAUAACCGGUCCUUCAUUGCCUUGGGUGGUGAUUCUAUUACGGCCAUGAAAGUGGUGGCGCGGUGCCGCCGGGAGCAGCUGAAGGUCUCGGUGCUAGAUGUGGUUCGGGCCAAGAGCCUGAUUGACUUGGCUUCUAAGACCGUCCGCUCAUCACAGGUGUCUGUGGAGGAGGGCACCGUUAUUGCUCCGGCCUCCACGCCUGCUGAGCGAACUGCCGCCAUCGACGACGCGCUUCUGUCUAAAGCUGGACUCUCUAGCAAGGACGACGUGGAAGAUGUCUACGGCUGUUCCCCUGUCCAGGAUGGCAUUCUUCUGAGCCAGGUCAAAUUCCCUGGCACGUAUGAAAUUCGACGUGUUCUUAAAGUGCUCUCUAUUAUGGAUGCGAGCACCACGAUUUUGGGUCUUCAGCGUGCCUGGCAGGGUGUUGUAGAUCGCCACCAAUCUCUCAGAAGCAUCUUUGUCGACGCCGGUGGUAUCUUCCAGCAGAUAGUACUCAAGAACGUCACAGCCAGCGUCUAUUGCUGCGAGUACAUGUGCUCAGAUGAUGAAGUGGAAGUGACCAAGUUCCUGAAAUCUCUACCCUCGCCAACCUACAACCCCUCAGAGCCUCAGCACCAUCUCACCAUCUGCCGUACCCGUGGCGACAACGUCUACAUGAUGGUAGAGCUCAGCCAUGCGAUCGUGGAUGGCGGGUCCACCGAGGUGGUUUUGCAGGAGAUGUCACUGGCGUUUGACGGCAAAUCGUUCACAGAGCCUGCAUCGUUGUACAGUGACUAUAUCCACUACAUCUCUUCUCCGGAGCACUCCCAAGGCGAGUCCAUGAGUCACUGGGCCAGCUACCUUGCAGGAGUUCAGCCGACCAUUGUUCCCAUGUAUCCUCGCGAUGGGGCCUCCAAGCAGAUCCAGUCUGUGAAAGUUCCCUUCACCGGAAUGAAGGAUCUGUUAAAAUUUUCCGUAGCACACGGAGUCACUAUUGCUAAUGUGAUACAAACUGCAUGGGCUUUGGUUCUCCGGGCGUACACUGGAUCUGACGAUGUCUGCUUUGGCUACGUGGCCUCUGGCCGUGAUGUACCUGUGAAAGGUAUAGAGAACGCUGUGGGAGCCUUCAUUAAUAUGCUGGUUUGUCGGGUGCGGUUGGACCAGCACCAGGCUGCUCUGGACGCGGUCGACACCAUGCAGAGCGACUAUUUCACCGCUUUGGCUCACCAACAUUGUUCCCUGGCACAAAUUCAGCACGGUCUGAACCUAUCCGGUAUGCCCUUGUUCAACAGCAUUAUCUCUCUCCAGAAAGGUGUUCCAGACCAGCAGUUUGGAGACGCGCUUUCUUUCCGGGCAGUUGAAGAAGAUGAUCCGACAGAUUUCGAUCUUGCUGUUGCUAUUGACAUAACUACUGAGGAUGUCGAGAUUUCUAUCGGCUACUGGUCCUCUUUGCUGACACAGGGCGAUGCCAUGAAUCUUGCCAAUACAUUCAGCGCCGCAAUCUACGGAAUUGUAGACCAAGCCGGAGCCAAGCCGUUCGAUAUUGAUCUAUUUAAUGAUCAGGACAGAGCCCAGAUCUUUGAAUGGAACAAGGCUGAGCCAGUUGUGGAGUCAGGCUGUGUGCAUGAAUACUUCUACGAUCAAGUCAAGAAGCAACCUGAUGCGCAGGCAGUGUGCGCUUGGGAUGGCGAGUACACCUAUUCCCAGCUCGAUCUGCUGUCCGAAAAGUUAGCCCAUCACUUGGUGAAGCUGGGGGCUGGACCGGAGGUGCUGAUCCCCCAUUGCUUCGAGAAGUCCAAAUUGGCAACAGUGACUAUGGUGGCGAUCAUGAAGUCUGGUGGUGCUGGUGUUGGUCUGAGUUCUGCGCAUCCGCUAUCCCGCAUUCAAGAUAUUCUGGAUGGAUGUCAGGCUCGUGUUGCAGUCGUAUCAGCGCAGCACGCCAAACUGCUCGAAGGCCUCGUGGAACAUAUUGUUGUCGUGGACGAAAGCUUCCUCGACGAACUCCCUGCUCCUACCGACAAUGGCACACUCCCUCAGGCACAACCGUCUAAUCCAGCCUUCGUGUCAUUCACAUCCGGCAGUACUGGAAAGCCGAAGGGUAUUGUCCUCGAGCAUGGCUCCCUCAUCACCAGCAUUCAAGCUCACGGGUCUGAAUGGGGUGUCGGGCCGGGAUCGCGUGUCUUGCAGUUUUCUGCCUACGCGUUCGAUGCUAGUGUCUCUGACACGUUCACUACGCUGACUCGUGGUGGUACGGUCUGUAUCCCAUGUGAGAAAGACCGCGUCGAUGAUUUGGCCGGCGCAAUCAACAAACUCGGGGUCAACUGGGCUUUCCUGACACCCCGGGUUCUCGGCCUGCUCUCCCCGGAAACCGUUCCCACGCUGAAGACAGUCGUUCUGGGAGGUGAAGCGAUCUCACGCGAAGAUAUCUCCCCGUGGACCGAGGCUCUGGAGUUGCGCAUCGUUUAUGGACCUACGGAAUGUACCAUUUACAGCAUGGGAACGGACCCCUUGACCACAGACAGUGACCCCGCAGGAUUAGGGCAUGCCGUUGGCACCCGCCUCUGGGUGACCGAUCCUGAGAAUACUAACAAGCUCCUUCCCGUUGGCUGCAUUGGUGAACUGGUCAUUGAAGGCCCUUUAGUCACUAGGGGAUACCUGAAUGAGCCCGAAAAGACAAAGGCAGCUUUCUUCGAAGACCCCGCCUGGUUGCCUAAGCCCGAGAAUGGACAGCCACGCCGGUUCUAUAAAACUAGUGAUCUGGUCCGCUACUACCCAGAUGGUCAGCUUCGGUUCAUUGGCCGGAAGGACACUCAGAUCAAAGUCCGAGGCCAGCGUGUUGAGCUGGGCGAGAUAGAGCAUGCAAUCCUGGAGAAUCUGCCGGGUGCCGCGCAUGUCACCGUGGACUCGGUCGUUUUGCCUCCUCAGACAUUGGUAGCUUUCCUCAAGAUGGAGAACGCAUUCCCUACGGAAAAUGAACUCUUUGUCCCACUAUCACCUGAGUUCACGGCGGAACUGCGGGCCCUUGAGAAGGUUCUGUCGGAGAAAUUGCCCGUGUACAUGCUUCCCAGCCUGUUCAUCCCGAUCUCUCACAUCCCCAUGACCAUUUCGGGCAAGGUUGAUCGGAUUGCGCUUCGCCGUGCCGUCCCGGGUCUUUCCCAUGAGCAGAUGGAGAUGUAUGCCUUGGCCAACCAGGACAAGGCCGCCCCCCAGACCAAGGAGGAAGAGCAGUUGCAGACGUUGUGGGCCGCUGUUUUAGGAAAAGAUCCUAGCGUUGUGGGCCGCAACGAUAACUUCUUCCGACUUGGGGGCGAUUCAAUUGGUGCCAUGAAACUGGUCGUCGCAACACGGGAAGCAAACCUCUUGCUUACUGUCGCUGAUAUAUUCCGAUAUCCGGAAUUGUCUCAAAUGGCUCAACGUGUUGAACUAGCUACGGCUGACGAACAAGAGAAUGUUUAUGAACCAUUCUCGAUGUUAAAGAAUGCCACCAAUACUGACGCGGUACUGGAGGAAGCUGCAGGCCAUUGCUCCAUUGCACGCAGUGACAUCCAGGAUGUAUAUCCUUGUACCCCACUGCAGGAGGGAGUGUUCUCAAUGUCAAACACCCAUACUGGUUCCUAUGUCGCUCAGUCUGCAUUCCGGCUGCCAGCUGGCUUUGAUAUGCAGCGAUUCAAAGACGCCUGGCAAACCUUGGUUGAUGUCCACUCCAUCCUGCGCACCCGUAUUGUCACUAUCGGCUCUACAUCGUAUCAGGUUGUGUUGACGGAAGACGCUGCUAAACUUGAAUGGCAACAAGGCUCUUCCUUGGAGGAAUAUCUCCAGCGCGACCAUGCCAUUUCCGUGACCAGCGGCACCCCACUAACUCGCUAUGCGAUCGUUGAAGAUGGCGAGUCUUCUGUCUUCGUCUGGACUGCUCACCACGCCGUGUAUGACGGAUGGACUGUUCCACUCUUGUUCGAACAGCUAGAACAGGCCUAUACGGGUGGUCUCAAACCCUCUACAGCGCCGUCAUACGCUCAAUUUGUGGAAUACAUUCAAGAAACCGACCCUGAGGCAUCACAGGAAUUCUGGCGCUCGAUGGCUCCUCAAGAGCCACCCUCCUCCUUCCCUCGGUUGCCAUACGCGACCUACCAACCCAGAGCGAAGAAAACCUGCCACCGUGAUGUCGAGGUAGCCUUAGAAUCUGGAUCUAGCCUAACAAUGGCUAUCCUUUUGCGAGCAGCUUGGGCUAUUGUCAUGGCACGGUACACUGACUCCGAGGACAUUCUUUACGGGUUGACGCUUUCGGGACGUGAUGCCCUCGUCCCCCACAUCGAGGGUAUUGUUGGUCCGACCAUCACAACCGUUCCGAUGAAUGUCCACAUGGACUCCGAGACGUCCCUCCAACGCUUCCUUGAGAGCCAACACGAGCAGAAUGUCGAGAUGAUGAACUUCCAGCAUGUCGGACUGCGAAACAUUCGCCAGAUCAGCCCUCAAGUGUUGGCAGCGACUGACUUCACUAACCUAUUCGUCGUCCAGCCUAAGGCAGACGGGAGACGGGCGUUUGCUGAGCUCGAAAUCGUGCCGACGGACAUGACGGACUUUGAUCCUUACGCCUUGGUGGUUGAAUGUAACCUCGGGGAUGGCAGCGUUCACUUGGAAGCUCGCGUUGAUGACGAUGUUCUGUCGGUGGAUCUGACGGAGAAGCUUCUGGGUCACUUUGAACAUGUCUUGCGGCAGAUCAUUCGCCCAUCUGCCGAUGUUAAGCUAGGGGAUAUCGAUCUCUUCAGCAAGGAGGAUGAGAAGCAGAUCUGGGAGUGGAACGCUGUGGCACCGACCGCGGUCAAUGAGUGUGUUCACGAGAAGAUCUCCCAGCAAGCCACUCUCAACCCCGAAAAUAUGGCAAUUGAGGCGUGGGACGGAAGUUUGACUUACCGUGAGCUCGAUGAGCUGUCCUCGAGAUUGGCUUAUCAUCUGUCUACCGAAUACUCUGUCAAGCCCGAGACCCUGCUGCCUCUGUGCUUCGACAAGUCCGUCUGGACGGUAGUCACCAUGGUCGCCGUUGUUAAGGCAGGAGGAGCCUGCGUCAUGUUGAAUCCUGACCACCCAGUGACCCGUCUUGAGGCCCUAAUUAAAGAUACGGGCUCUCACCUCGUCCUUACCUCGCCACAACACCAGGGUCUCUUCGGGUCCGUCUCGGCUUCUGUUGUCCCGAUCACCAAAACCCUAAUUCAAGAGUUGACCCCCGUCUCGACAUCUCAGCGCGCGUCUCUUCAAGUCCAGCCUACCAAUCCAGUUUUCAUGAUCUUCACAUCUGGUAGUACUGGAAAGCCUAAAGGCAUCAUCGUUCAGCACAAUUCAGUUUGUACCGUGGCCGCGCAGCACGGCGAAGGCUUAGGAUUUGGUGGACCAGGUUCGCGGGUGUUGCAGUUUGCUUCGUAUACCUUCGAUGUUAGCAUGGGCGAAACGUUCUUCAUGCUGAUGAAGGGAGGCACUCUCUGCAUUCCCACCGAGCACGACAGAGUCAACAAUCUCGCCGGGGUGAUAAACGCCAUGCAAAUCACAUGGACGUUCAUGACUCCGACAGUCGCUGCCCUGUUGGACCCCAAAGAAGUUCCCCACCUGAAGACUCUCGUUCUAGGUGGUGAAGCCGUAUCUCAAAGCCUGGUCGAUCGCUGGGCAAGUCAAGUAAACAUGAUCGACUCCUACGGACCGGCAGAAUGCACUAUUUGGGCAUCCCAUGCAAACCCGAGUGCCACUGUCUCGCCUGCGAACAUCGGCAGUGGUACCGCCUGCCGGUACUGGAUCGUGGAGACUUCUGAUUAUAAUCGCCUUGCCCCCGUCGGCUGUGUGGGCGAGCUGCUCAUUGAAGGGCCGAAUGUCUCGCGAGGCUAUCUGAACGAGCCGGAAAAGACGAAAGAUGCAUUCGUUGAAAACCCAGCAUGGAUGCACGGAAAGGAGACACCCCAGUACAAAUUCUAUCGCACUGGUGAUCUCGUUCGUUACAACCCUGAUGGAACUCUGAACAUUGCUGGCCGCAAAGACAGCCAGGUCAAGUUCCAUGGCCAGCGUAUCGAGUUAGGCGAGAUUGAGUUUCACCUCCGUGCUCAAAAAGCGGUUGAGGCUGGAAUGGUCACUCUUCCCAAGACCGGCCCGUGCAAAGGCAAGCUCGUCGCAGUGGUGGCGCUUGCAGAUCUGCAACCACUGGCCCUUGAAGGUGAUUGCGUCGAGCUCGUUUCCGAUGAUGCGAAGUCCACCGCCCAGCCACUUAUCUUGGAGAUUGAGGAGGAACUAACAAGUGUACUGCCUAGCUACAUGGUUCCCUCAGUCUGGAUUGUCUUGGACUCCAUCCCAUUGACUGCGUCACGGAAGAUAAACCGCGUUCCCAUCACACGUUGGGUUACCAGCAUAACCGAAGACACCUACCGCCGGAUUGUGAAUAUCUCCUCCGCCAGUGUUAACCUGCCAACAACCACCUUAGAGAAGCAGCUGGCACAGGUGUGGAGUCAAGUCCUGAACAUCCCUGAGAAGUCUAUUGGCUUGAACCGAUCAUUCAUGAGCUUGGGCGGAGAUUCAAUUACUGCUAUGCAGGUUGUCUCCCGCUGCAGAGCCAUUGGAAUCAAGCUUAGCGUUCAAGACAUUCUGCUCCCGAAGUCGUUGGCGGCAGUGGUUAGUCGCGCAAGCUCAACCGGCGACCGUGCUGUCACGAGACAAGAAACGUACGAUGUGCCUUUCAGCUUAUCGCCCAUCCAGAAGGUAUAUUUCAACGACGUUGUACGCCAGGAGACCCAGCAUCAUUACAACCAGAGCGUUUUGCUGCGCUUGACCCGCCCCGUCUCGACGGCUGCAGUUGCAUCUGCUAUCGAGCAAAUUGUGGCCAGGAACUCCAUGUUGCGUGCGAAGUUUAUCAGGAGCGACAACGGGGAGUGGUCGCAGAUGGUGCAGAGCCAGUCAAACGGCUCCUUUAAAAUUGGUUUUCAUUCAGCAGCCAGCCGCCAGCAGAUGCUCGACGUGGUCAACUCCUCUCAACGGAACGUCGACAUCGAGAACGGACCGAUCUUUGUGGUAGAUCACUUUGAUCUUUGUGACGAGGAGAGAGGAGAGUCAAGCUCCGACUGCCGAGAGGGACAGCUCAUCUCUCUCAUCGCGCACCAUCUAGUCGUUGAUGCUGUCUCAUGGCAUGUAAUUGUCGCUCAGUUGGAAGCCUCCCUGUUGUCACAGAGUAGCAGCCCUCAUGCUCCGAUGCCAUUCCACAACUGGGCACUAGAGCAAUGCCACUUCGGAGAGCAAUUGGGUCCAAAGUCGGUAUUACCCAACGAUAUCCCCUCUGCUAACCUCUCAUACUGGGGGAUGCAAGAAUUACCCACAUGGAAGAAUGUCGAGGAAGUUCGUUUCACCAUUGAUGACAAGACCACCUCACUCCUGCUUGGAGCGGCAAACACAGCACUGCGAACCGAACCCAUCGACAUUAUCCUGGGGGCCAUUCAGCAAUCCUUCAACCAGACCUUCACAGACCGUGCGGUGCCUGCGAUCUUUAGCGAAGGCCAUGGCAGAGAACCUUGGGACAACUCCAUUGACCUAUCGGAAACUGUCGGAUGGUUUACCACCUUCUAUCCAGUUCACAGGCGUAUGAGGAAGGAUGAAAGUAUCAAGGAUAGCAUCAAGCGAACAAAAGAUAUCCGUCGUUCCUUCACCGAUAAUGGAUUCUCAUACUUUACCUGCCGCCAUUACAGUGCCGAAGGUCGCAAGGCUUUCAAUGAUCACAGAGCCAUGGAGAUCUGUCUCAACUAUCUCGGACAAGCACAACAACUGGAGCGAAGUGAUGCCCUAUUGAAAGAAGAGCCCCUUCGCGCGGAUGAGGAGAUUCAGAACAUCAGUGAAGGUAUGGGUCGUUUGGCGGUCUUUGAUAUCUCUGCUGCUGUCUCCUUCGGUCAGCUGGGUGUCUCAUUCUUCUUCAACCGCGAUACAAGCCGUCAAGAACAGAUCCGUGAUUGGGUCAACCAAUGCGAGAAGGCCAUUCAAUAUGCCGUUCAAGAUCUCGUGGCCAGCUCGGUGGAGCAUACUCUCAGUGACUUCCCUCUCAUGAGGAUCAGUUACCCUGCUUUGUCGAGCUUCACAAACACUGUCUUACCGGCACUGGGAGUUUCUCCUGACAACGUGGAAGAUUUGUACCCAUGCUCGCCGAUCCAGGAAGGCAUCCUUCUUAGUCAGACCCGACAGCCUGGUACUUAUGAGGUUCGCCAGCUUUUUGAAGUUGUACCUAGAUCGGAUGUCGGUGCCGUGGACCUCCCACGUCUACUAAAAGCAUGGCAACAAACCGUGGACCGUCAUUCCAUCUUGCGAACGAUCUUCAUUGGUUCAUUGUCUGGAGAUGGGGUCUAUGACCAGCUUGUACUGCGAUCAUACCAAGCAACGGUUCAGCAACUCGCUUUCUCCGGAACGGAUGUUGUCUCGCUUUUCCAAGGCCAGCAAUCUCCAGAUUACACCAAGCCCGUUCCUGGUCAUCGCCUGACCAUUUGCGAAGGCCCCGAAUCGAUCUACUGCCAGAUUGAACUGAGCCACACCCUGGUCGAUGGUACAUCACUGGCACUCCUAGUCCGUGAUUUUGUUUCUGCGUAUGAAAGUACGCUGCCCUCUGGACCAGGUCCCUUGUACAGCGAAUACAUUCGCUACCUGGAUGGCCUGUCUAAAUCUGCCUCCCUCAAGUACUGGGCCGACCGUUUGACUGGUGCUCAGCCUUGCCAUUUCCCCAACAUGCGUAUUGGCAACGGAGACAGCGGGUCCGAGACCAAGACAUUCAACGAUAUGCUCAUUCAUAUUGACGAAGAUGGAAAAUUGCAAAGGUUCUGUGAGUCGCAAAGUAUUACCAUGAGUAAUCUUGUCCAGGCUGCUUGGGGAAUGGUCCUCCGAGCGUAUACAUCGAAGGAAGAUGUCAUGUUUGGCUACAUGGCCUCCGGCCGUGACGUGCCUCUUGAUGGAAUUUACGAUGCAGUGGGCCCAUUUAUCAAUCUACUUGUCUGCAGAUUGCACCUCGUCGAUGACCUGUCGGUAUACAAGUUGUUGAAGGAUAUUCAACUGAGCUAUAUGAACAGCCUUCCUCAUCAACAAACAUCCCUCGCGGCAAUCCAGCAUGAACUGGGCAACAAGGAUGUCGCCUUAUUUAAUACCGUCCUGUCAUUGCAAAGGCAGCCCAGCCGAGGCCCACCUUCUCAGGUUGAUUUCCAUAUUGUGGACCAAGCCGAUCCAACUGAGUAUGACAUCAGUUUGUGUAUCACCACCCACGAUGUACCUGGUGUCGAGAUCCACAUGACAUAUCUCACGGCCAUUCUCAGCGGCUCUCAAGCAGACGAACUGAUGCAAGCUUUCACCAAUGUACUGGAGACUCUCGCUGAUACCCCUGAGAUGAGUCUGUCGAGCGUGGAUGUCAUAUCACAUUCGCGCGGCGAAGAGUUACAGAGAUUGAAGGAUGUCAGCCGGACUCUGAACGGUCGCACGUUCGACCUGGCUGCCAUUCAAAAGCGACUUACGAUGGCCCUCCUGGACACGGAGGACGCUAUUGCUGAAGUGAUAAGCUUGGAUCAGCUGGGUGGACGCCAAUGCAUGGCCGUCUUCUGCUCCGAGACCAACAACACUGAGGCAGAGGUUUCUCUGAUGCCCGUCACCGACGGACAUCGGGCUAAAUUUACAGAUCUAAAAGAAACACUCGGACGUCAUCUGCCAGAGGAGUUGAUUCCAACGCUUUACUUCCCCGUAAACGGUCUCCCAUUGGAAAGGGCAGCCCUGCAGAAGCUUGUUGACGGCCUGAACGAGCAGCAACUGAAGCAGUAUCAGCUCGUGACCGUCCAGGAAGGUGCAGCGUUGACCGCAAAUGAGAAGAUCAUGCUUGCUCUCUGGGCAGAUGUUCUCGAAGUCUCAGAUAGCAGCACAGUUAACCCCUCCGACAGCUUCUUCCGCCUCGGUGGUGAUUCUAUCGGAGCCAUGAGACUUGUAGCCGCCGCUAGGAACCAGGGUCUUGUUCUCACCAUCAAUUCAGUCUUCCAGAAGCCUACCUUGUCUGCAAUGGCCAAGGAACUCAGUCUGCUUGAUCAAAGUGAGGAGCACCAGCUGGAGCCAUUCUCCCUGCUACCACCCCAGGUUGAUCCCGAGCAACUCGCUACUGAGGCUGCCUCACUGUGUGGUAUUUCACGCACUGCCGUCGAAGAUAUUUACCCUUGCACACCCCUCCAGGAAGGUCUCAUGGUUUUGAAUCGCCAGAAUGCAGCCUCCUACACUAAUCAAACAGUCUUUGCCCUCCCAGACACAUUGGAUCUGCCACGAUUCAAAGAAGCCUGGGAAAAGGUCGCGGAGCGAAGCACCAUUUUGCGUACUCGCAUGGUGAACGCUUCUGAUGGCUUGUUCCAAGUUGUCCUGAAACAGACCAUGACCUGGGAGUCUGCUCAGGAUCUGGAUGCCUAUUUGAAGAAGGAUUCGUCUAACCCGAUAGACUACGGUCAGCCAAUGGCACGUUAUGCAAUCGUAUCUGCCCCCACGCAGAAAUACUUUGUCUGGACUGCCCACCACUCAAUCUAUGAUGGAAUGACCAUCCCUAUCCUUGCCAAGCAGGUCUCUGCUGAAUACAAUAGCGAAAUGGCUCUGCCAGAGGUCCCCUAUAAUCGCUUUAUCCAAUACAUCAGAGCAACCAGCCCUGAAUCUGCCACUGAGUUCUGGACUGCUCAAUUCGCAGAGCCCUCUCUGACAUAUCCUACCUUGCAAGAUCGUACCUACCAACCGUACCCGAAUCAAGCUACGACCAGCUCAGUGCAUUUGUCAAGACAGCCGUCCGACAUUACCUUCACCACCAUUCUGAAAGCAGCUUGGGCCUUUGUUCUUGCUGGUCUAACGGAAACCGAGAAGGUGACUUUCGGGAUCACGGUUUCUGGUCGCAAUGCGGCUCUCCCAGGUAUCAACCAGGUUGUUGGUCCCACCAUUGCGACAGUUCCCGUGAGCAUCGCAGUAGAUGGUAGCCAACCUCCGCUCGACUUCCUCCGAAGCAUCCAACAGCAGAAUUUGGAGAUGGUACCUUUUGAACAUACCGGUCUUCAGAACAUUCGCCUUAUGAGUGAACAGGCUAAAGAAGCUGUUGAAUUCCAGAAUCUUCUCGUCAUCCAGCCAAACACGGCACCAGUUGGGGCCUCCGAUUUCUUGGGACUCACAAAUGUGGCAGUUGACCUCGGCGAUGAUCAGGACCCCUACGCGUUGAUCAUAGAGUGCAACCUUCUCGACGAUGGUGCCGAAAUCAAAGCUCAGUUUGACGAUAACGUCAUCUCUAGUGAGGAGGUUAAGCGGAUCAUCAGUCGUUAUAGCCGUGCUAUUGAGCGUCUCAGCUCAAUUCAGGAGGCAGGCGGCGACGAAGAUAUCAGCACGCUAGAGGAGAUUGGAACCAUCAGUGAGGAAGACCUACAGCAGAUUCUUGAAUGGAACAAAGAUCGCCCGGAAACUAUCCAAUCCUGUGUUCACUACCAAUUCGAGGAACAGGUUCGCAACCAACCUGACGCUCCCGCCAUUUCCUCGUAUGAUGUUGAGCUUACGUACAGCCAACUUAACAUCCUGGCUGAGAAGUUGGCUCACGAACUUAUUUCACGUGGUGUCAAACAGGAGAUGAUUAUCCCUCUCUGCUUCAAUAAAUGCUCAUGGACCAUUAUCGCAAUGUUGGCGGUAAUGAAGGCUGGCGGUGUUUGCUGCAUGUUUAACCCCGAGCAUCCCAAGGACCGAAUCCAGCUUUUGCUUGAUGAUCUCGAUGCUAGCCUGGUCGUGUGCGACCAGGCAUCAUCGGCAAUGCUCUCUUCAUUACUCCCUCCAUCGGGAGUGCUCCCAAUUGGCGCUGACUACCUGGACAGCCUCCCCUGCCCAAAUGAGCCGGUUGGUGCCAUUGCCCAGCCUUCCAAUGCUGUAUUCAUCGUUUAUACCUCUGGAAGUACUGGAAAGCCGAAGGGAAGUAUCUUGGAACAUCGCUCCCUUGUGACCGGUCUUGUUGCACAUCUCAGUGAGAUGUCAGUUGGUCCUGGUACCCGCGCCUUUCAGUUUGCGUCCUACACCUUCGAUGUUUCAUUUGACGAAAUUAUUGGAACAUUGAUGCUCGGAGGAUGUGUCUGUGUUCCCUCAGAGUACGAGAGGAUGAAUGCCCUGACGGAUGCCAUGGCCAAGUACCGGGUUACCUGGACGGAACUUACCACCACUGUUGCCAGUCUCUUGGUACCAAGUAGUAUCCCCACCCUCAAUACUCUGGUUCUCAGUGGGGAACCACUCACUAAAGAGGUCGUCAAUUUAUGGUCUGACCAUGUUCAGAUAAUCAACAGCUAUGGACCCAGUGAAUGUUGUGUCUGCACCACCUGCAACUCUCAGACCAGUAUCACCAAGGACCCUACUAACAUUGGCCGAGGGUUGGGAUGCACUCUGUGGGUCGUAGACCCAGAUAACCUCGACCGGCUGUUGCCUAUUGGCUCCACUGGAGAGCUUCUCAUUGAGGGCCCGAUUGUUGCCCGGGGAUAUCUGAACGAGCCCGAGAAGACAGCGGCAGCAUUCAUCAACCCCCCCAAAUGGUGGAUUCCCCACGAUAAAGGCAACGGUCGCAUGUACCGCUCGGGUGAUCUGGUCAGAUACAACCGCGAUGGAAGCUUCAAAUUCAUCGGCCGCAAAGACACCCAGGUGAAGCUUCACGGACAACGCAUUGAGAUGGGCGAAAUCGAACAUCGUAUUCGAACCGUAUACGAUAACAACUCAUACCAAGUGGCGGUCGAGGUUCUAACACCGAAGUCUCGUGGCAGUCUUAAGAUCCUCACUGCGUUUAUCUGUGCGCCUGAGGCUGUCUCUGGGGACGUCGACUCGCCACUUGUUCCCCUCUCUGGCUCACUUCGACGAAGCUUCCAGGCCUUACAUGCCCGCCUGCUGGAGGUUUUGCCCAAGCAUAUGGUGCCACAACUCUUCAUCCCCGUCUCACACAUGCCCUUAUCCCCUUCCCGCAAGCUGGAUCGAAAGGUAUUAAGGACGGUUGGGAACGGCCUCUCGCCAGAGACACUAGCCUCCUAUGCUCUUUCCCAGGUGGACAAAAAGGCACCCUCAACCGAAACAGAGAAGGCGCUCGCACAGCUCUGGGCUCGUGUGCUCGGCACCGACAGCAUCGGUGUAGAUGACCACUUCUUCCACCUCGGCGGAGACUCGAUUGCCGCGAUGAAGCUUGUCGCCGCCGGCAGCAAGGCAGGGCUUUCCAUGAGCGUCGCAGACGUGACUAAUUAUCCUAAAUUGAACCAGAUGGCGGAGAAUAUCGAUCGUUCUUCAUCGAGGAAGAAGACCGACGAUGCGCCACCGGAGCCUUUCAGUCUGUUGCCUGACGAUCAAGUCAAGGAUCUUGUGGCCCAAGCAACCACUCAAUGUGCGGUGGACGCCAGUGUGAUCGAGGAUAUGUACCCUUGCACCUCUUCGCAGGAGGCACUAAUGGCACUCACCGCUAAGGAUGAGACGGCUUAUGUGUCGCGACUUGUCUUCCGACUUCCCAUUGAUGUCAAUCUAGAGAAAUACCAACAAGCCUGGGAAUCUUUGGCCCGGCUCCAGCCGAUCAUGCGCACCCGCAUCGUCUACACAGAUGAUUCCAAAUCCUUCCAGGUUGUUAUUGCUGAGCCACUGGUUUGGCGAUGGGAGAAUUCCGUGGAAGAUUACGUGAGGGCCGAUAAGCUCUCGCCUAUGGUCCAUGGCCAACCUUUGAUGCGCAACGCCAUCGUUCCUGGCGACCAGCACGAUCCACGCCCGUGCCUGAUUCACACCUCUCAUCAUGCUGUCUACGAUGGUUGGAGUCAGGGAUUCAUGUUCGAGCAAGUCGGUAUCAUCUACCGGGAAGGCUUGUCCGCCCUCCCCCCAGUCAUCCCAUACAGCAAAUUUAUCCAGCAUCUCGCUACCACUGACCGUGAGGCUUCCGAGGAGUUCUGGCGCUCCCAGAUUGAGGGAAACCUCCCCGCCCAAUUCCCUACCUCCUCUCACUCUGCUAAAUCUCUCCGACCCAACCAGACCCGGUCCUUGCACAUUCACCUUCCGCAGAGGGACAAUCUUACUUUCACUACACCUACCGUGUUGAAAUCGGCCUGGUCCCUCCUCCUCAGCCGCUACACUACAUCUGAUGAUAUCGUCUUCGGCCAUGUUCUCUCCGGCCGUAGUACUUCGCUUCAUGGUGCUGCAGACAUAAUGGGGCCGAUGAUUGCAACGGUACCCAUCCGUGUCCGCUUAGAUCGGGCCCAGACAAUCGAGGAGCUCAUGGGCGGCAUUCAACAACAGGCCCUGGAUAUGACACCCUUCGAACAGUUUGGCUUACAGAACAUCCGCCGAAUCCAGCCCAACGGCUCGGCCAUUGCUGAUUUCGGUCAUCUGUUUGUCAUCCAACCUAUUUUGGAGGACUCAGAGAACGAUCUGGACUUGGAACUAGUCUCUUCGGUGCAAUUUGAUUUUGACACCUACCCACUGAUUGUGGAGUGUCACCUUGGUGACUCAGAACUCGAUGUUCGUGUCAGAUACGACGAUAUGCUUAUUCCCGAACAACAGAUGGGAUGGCUGCUGCAGCAUUAUGAGAAUCUCAUCCACCAGCUCUUCCGCCUGCCUCAGAACACUCUCAUGAUGGAAAUCACUAUGACUGGCCAAACUGAUGUGGACCAGCUUCUCGACUGGAUGGGUGCCCCUAUUGAACCCGUUAAUGCCCGUGUGCACGAUCUAUUCAAUGUCCAAUCUCGAUUCCACCCACAGCGCAAGGCAGUAGAUGCUUGGGAUGGCAGUCUGACCUAUCAAGAACUGGAUCAUCUAUCCUCUCGAUUCAGCGAUACAUUAGUGCAGCUCGGGGUGACGGCGGGGUGCACUGUAGGCUGGUGCUUCGAUAAAUCCAAGUGGGCCAUUGUCUCACAGCUCGCCGUAUUGAAGGCUGGCGGAGCAUGCGUGAAUCUGAAUCCAGGGGACUCUGUCUCCCGCCUGACAGAAAUUGUUCAUGACACUGGCAUUGACCAUGUUAUUGUGGCGCCACAAUAUGCUGAUCUGGCUGCAGCUAUAGGGUGCAGCAAUGUUGUCAUCGCCGACACAACCACGGUUUCUAAGCUCGCAGCUACCAACGCUGGCCUGCCCCAAGCUCGGACAGCCGUUGACCCUUCAUCGCCCGCGUACCUCGCUUUUACCUCUGACAGCACUGCUAAACCCAAGAUCAUGGCGAUCGACCACAGGGCCAUCUGUACCAGUAUUCGAAACCAUGGCCCCGCAUUGAAGAUUACAUCCAAGUCUCGCGUGCUGCAAUCUGCCUCCUACACAUCUGAUGUCAGCUAUGCGGAGAUCUUCACAACCCUUCUCAGUGGUGGUACUGUGUGUGUUAUUUCUGAACAUGACCAGACCAAGGAUCUGGCUGCUGCUAUUGACCGGGUAGGCGCAAACUGGGCCUGUCUGACCCCGACCGUCGCCAACAGCCUGCGCCCGACUGACGUUCCCAAGCUGAAGACGUUAGUUCUCAGUGGGGAAUGUCCGUCCCAGGAUAACCUACAGGUCUGGGCGGGCAAGGUCGAUGCCCUUCUCAAUGCUUAUGGGCCCAGCGAAGCUCGGUAUGAUGUCAACAAGCUCGCGCCUUUGGGCUGCUUGGGUGAACUGGUCAUUGAAGGACCUACCCUGUCGGAAGGUUACUUGUGCCACGAUCAAGCCAGUGAGGUGGCAUUCAUCGAUCGUCCCGAUUGGAUGCAACACACAUAUCCUGCUGAUGGCUUCGCUCGUGUUUACCGGACCGGUGAUAUGGUCAAGUUCAAUGUCAAUGGUAGCAUUGAGUAUCUGGGACGCAAAGACACUCAGAUUAAGAUGUACGGUCAACGUAUUGACCCCCGUGAGAUCGAGCACUCCAUCAAGUCUCACAUUCCUUCAACAUACGAUGUUUUGGUGGACACUACAUUGGUCUCUUCCCGCAACAGGAACAUGCUGGUUGCAUACCUCUACGAUGAGUCCGUACAGUCUCCAGAUGUUGAAAUCGACAGCCUGACCGAUACCAUGACUACCAACCUGCAGCAGGAGCUUGCCACAGUCCAGGCUGCACUGCAAACCUCAAUUCCCCACUACUUGCAACCCAUCCUCUUCAUCCCACUCAAGACCAUGCCCACCGACUCCUUUGGCAAGGCAGACCGGAAUCUCCUUAGUCGCAUGGUCGAUUCACUCUCAGACGCCCAACUGCAGACCUACUCGCUGGCCACCGCCGGCAAGAGGCCCCCCAAGACGGAGAUGGAACUCACACUGGCCAGUCUCUGGGCGGAAGUGCUUAUGAUCGAUCGUGAGUCGAUUGGGGCAGAUGACAGUUUCUUUGCUUUGGGUGGUGAUUCCAUCGUCGCCAUGAAGCUAGUCAGCCUCGCUCGUGCCUCCAAGAUCUUUGUGAGUGUCGCUGAUAUCUUCAACCAUCCUUCUCUUGUCGACAUCGCUGCUCUGGCCACAGCCAACGCACCUAUCACCCCUGGGGAUGGGACUCCUCUCUUGUCUCCGAGCAAAGGAUCAUCAACCUGUGAUUCCAGCCUUCUGGACGCAAUCGCUGCGAAGGUUGGAGUCGAAGAAGGCCACGUCGAAGAGAUUUGCCCCACCACCAGUAUGCAGGAAAUUGCGCUGAUCGGUGCCAUGACGCGGCCCCGAUGGAUGCUCAACUACUUCUACUUCGAGAGCUCCGACCCAGUGGAUGUGGACCGUCUCCGCCAGGGCUGCUUCGAACUGGUACGGCAGUUCAGCAUUCUUCGCACCGUCUUCACGGAACAUGAAUCCCGAUUCUGGCAGGUAGUCCUCCGGCAACUUGACCCGGUCUUCCUUGUUAUCCCCACCGACGACCUCGACGAAACAACCCAGAGAGUUUACGAGGAAGGAAAGGCUGGCAAUCUUCAAAUCGAGAACCCCUUCGUUCAAUUUGUUCUGGCACAGAAGCGACGCGGCCACGCACAUCGCCUCAUCAUGCGCAUCUCGCACGCACAAUAUGAUGGUGUCUCACUGCCCACCAUUUGGGAGGCCUUGCAGAACGCGUAUACCGGCCAAGCCCUACCCUCCAGCCCGCCCUUCUCGACCUUCACGUCGUUCUGUCCGGCAUCCGAUGACCCCGCUGCAAUUGAACACUGGCGGUCCCUUCUAGCGGGAUCUACGAUGACAAACUUUGUGGAGCGCCACAAGCCGGGUCUCCGAGAUGUCUCUGAUGAGGUCAUCGCCGUCCGGCGCCGGGUGCCAAAUACCACACUCACGAGCGAGGGCAUCACUUUUGCAACCGUCGCCAAGUCCGCCUGGGCCCUAGUCCUGGCUCGCAUGGCAGCUCGACCGGACGUUGUAUUCGGUCACACCAUUUCAGGCCGGAACUUGGCAAUUGACAACAUCGACCAGAUUGUUGGCCCCUGUCUUAAUGUGGUCCCCGUCCGCGCCCAGUUCCAGGACCGCUGGACUGUGAUGGACCUCCUUCGCACUAUCCAGAACCAGCAGGUGGCCAACAUGCCGUUUGAGUCACUCGGAUUGCGCCCAAUCGUCGAGCAGUGCACUGAUUGGCCGCGCUGGAUGCGCUUCAGCAGUGUCAUCCAGCACCAAAACAUUGAGCCAGAUCGGGCUAUGAUGAUGGGUGAUGGGUCCUAUGAGCCUGGCUUCAUUGGCUCGGAACUUGAUCUUAUGGAUGUAUCGAUCCUAUCAACUCCCGCAGGCGAUCACGUUGACAUCGACCUCAUUACAGCGACCUCAGUCAUGUCCGCAAUCCAGGCGGAGGACUUGCUUGACCAACUCUGUCUGACAAUCCGCUCCUUCUCGUCGAGCCCCUCCACUACCUUUUUACCAUCGGUGGAGGAACUUGAAGCUGGCCGGCCUUUGAUUCCUAUGGUUAGGGAAUCCUCCGUACCGGAUGUCAUCAUUGGCGCGCCGCCUGCGGACUCUUCCGAGCCCAAGGUGGCUGCUUUACGAGAGGUCGUGCACCAGGCGUGGUCCGAGACUCUCCCAUCGACAAAGAAGUCAGUCGCGUCUCCAACAGAAUGUUAUUUUGCAGCGGGCGGUGAACUUGUGGGCUUGUCACAAGUGCUGCUGCGACUGCAAGAGCACGCACCCCAGCUUCGCCUGGAGGACCUCCUUCAUCACUCCUCAAUGGAACAGAUGGUGAAUCUCCUAUACACUCACACUCCUUGA